UCCUUUCUUCUGUGGGCGUGAGAGGAACUUUUCCUAUUGGCCCUGAAACACCAGACUGUAGCUCCGAGGGGAGGAGGGUCCACUGUGAAUGGGUACUAAAGGAGCAAUCAAAGCACCUGGAUGAAGGCAGGAAGUGUCUCCACGUCUGACGUUAGAUUUGUUUCUGCGUAGAUGCUUCGUCUUUGAAGAUCUUUCGAGAUUCAAUCGAGGUUUUUAAACUCAUUUUCACUCUUAGCAGAACUGACUGGAUUUCAGAAAGGCAGCUUAAGGACGUGAGACGGGAUCAAGGGCCUCUGCUUCACCUGCUGCUUCACAAAGUUUUUUGAAUAGAUUCAUUUGCAUUUUUUAAAUUUUUUUUUUCCUUCUCCAUAAUUUAACUCAUAGUAGAGCUUCUGGGACCUAAAAAAGGGUGCGUGAAGAAGGUUUGGAGAGCAUCAAGGAUUUUUGCUCCAUACACAAAUUAUUUUUCAUUUAUUUUUUCCUUGAUUUACCAAAAAAAAAAAAAAAAGCAGAACUGCUGGAAUUAAUACAACUGACCCACAUCAAGGCCUCAAGACGUUUAUUUUCCUCAGGUCUUAAAUACUGACCAUGAUGGCCAAUGCUGAACUUCUGACUUGGUCGGAAGCGCACGUGCCAAAGCGGCCGCAGGACAUCCCCCAGUCCGAGCACGCGACGCUUACCCGCAGUGACCCCCGGGGGUGGAUGAGUGCGCACGUGCGUGCCCCUGCCGCGGCCCUUCCAAGUCAGUACGCGCGCGCGUCGCCUGACGUCACUCCGGACACAUCACCGGACCCUGUAGCCGCCGUUGCAUCUAAAGAGCAUCCUUUGGGCGCCGCGCACAGGCACCGGCGCGUCGCAGCGAAUGCGCGCGAGCGGCGGCGCAUGCAUGGUCUGAACCGCGCGUUCGACCGCCUGCGCAGCGUCAUCCCGUCACUGGAGAACGACAAGAAGCUGUCCAAGUACGACACACUGCAGAUGGCACAGAUCUACAUCGCAGAGCUUUCCGAACUACUCGAGGGCGUAGCGGCGCGCGGCACCGGGGACGCAUCGCGCGCGCGUCUGUGCUUCCAGACGCCGUGCACUGGUUACACCGUGGAAACGUCUACGACAACGACACCCUCCACGGCUCCGGUGACCGAGGGACGCGUGCUGAUCCUGUCCGCGCCUACGGCUCACUUUGAUCCCGCAAAAAUGGAGCUCGCGGCGGCCAACGGCAGCGACGGAGAGUCUUCUCAAUGUAGUGACGCCGAGGAUGGACAUCCGGGACCUCAGUGAGCACCUGGGAAUAAACUACGUAUACACGUGCAUAUGACCGUGCCGUGGUUAUUAUACUCCAUGAUAUAGAUAUUUUCUGACACUAAAGCUGUGGGUGAAGAGAAGGAGCCCGAAGUAGCUCAUGUACACCUAAUAGCAUCCUUUUUAUUCAAUGCCACAAAAUAUAUUCCCAAACUAGCUAACUUGGCUGAUUUGGUUAAUGCCCUAAUCCUAUCUAUUUAGCUCAUUUAGAUAGCUAACUAACAACAAACACCAGAGUUAACAGCCACUAUAGUAACUGUCUUAAUCAAAUGUUAAACAUUUUAUAGAUAUGAUUAUAAAGUGUUCUUCUGUUUUUCACACACUUCCAGAUUUCCAACAAGUGGAUAGUUCCGUCUAAAUCUGAGGCUUUAUCUAUAGCCAAGGGCUUUAUCUGUAGGACUUCAACUUAUUGGAGCUUCUGUGCACAGAUUUGACAUUAUAUCUUUUAAGGAAAGUGUUCUCAGUAAUUGCGCUGUAAACACUCUUCCCUUUACUUUUAUUGUUCUUGUUUUUCACUUUUCAUUCUUAGAUAACUUUUCCUAACGUUCAACAUUAAUUUCCUCACGUAUAUGUUUUUUUUUUAAAUCAUUCUUUCUUUCUUAUUUCAGUCUUUGUUUUUUUUUGUUUUGUUUUGUUUUUUUUAGGAGAAAUGCACAAUUAGCCUACAGUAGCCCAUUUCAUUAAAGUGUCUGUGUACAGGGUGGACAGAAGCAUUUGAAUCUUUAAAAAAGAAGGGACCGGGAAGCUUACAGAAAUAUUUUUUUAGCAAUAGAGUCAGCUUAUUUAUUCUACUAAUAUUAGUGUAUUUAUGACUUUCUUAAAUGUACAAUUGGAGAUCAAAACAAAAUGACGGCCUUAAAUGCGGGACCACCAUUUGUUUGUUUAGAUUUUUUUUUUAUAUAUUUCUUGGGCAAAUUAUCUGAAGGAUGUUCUCUGAUAUACCAGUAUUGUAAAGGCCAAUAACACGGCAAUAAUCUUUCGCAAACAACGUAUUAUUGCGGCCCUAAAAAAUAAACCUGCGAUUGUGUGUGGGCUCAUAAAACUAUUAUCUCUGUCUGUGUUUUAGUAGACAUUAAAGGGAACCAAAUAGAUGUCGUAGAGGUUAAAGUAGCCUGUUGGGGGAAAUGAAUAUGAACUUGAGAUGGCCACCAGAAUAGUAAUUGUUUUAGCGUUUUUUGGAUUUCUGCACUUUAUUACCGGAGCAUUGUGAUUUACAUCCAUAACACAGAUCCACUGCCAAUGAACCAACUUCUAUUUUUUUCUAUUUAUGUAUGUAAUGUAAUUGUUUAAUAAAAACUUUAAC